CCAGGACGCUCCCACCAACAGUCCACCCGCAGCUUAUCCUCAGAGACAAGAUGGUUGUCCUAGCUGCGUCCAUCUGCACCCGUGGCGGUAAGGCCGUCCUGGCGCGGGCAUUCCACGACAUCAAACGGUCACGCAUCGAGGCCCUCCUUGCAUCCUUCCCGAAGGCGGCGAGCUCUGGCACUCAGCACACGACCGUCGAACAAGACAAUGUCCGAUUUGUCUACCAGCCGCUGGACGAGCUCUACAUGGUGCUCAUCACCAACAAGCAGUCCAACAUUUUACAGGACAUCGACUCGCUGCACCUGUUUGCCCAAGUCGUAACCAGCACUUGCAAGAGCCUCGACGAGCGGGAGAUUCUGCGAAAUGCCUAUGAGCUUAUUAGCGCCUUCGACGAGCUGGUGACGCUCGGAUACCGGGAGAACUUGACGAUCAGCCAGAUCAAGACGUUUUUGGAGAUGGAAAGUCACGAGGAGCGGAUCCAGGAAAUUAUUGCUCGGAACAAGGAGCUGGAGGCUACCGAAGAGCGUAAGAGGAAGGCCAAACAGCUGGAGAUGCAGCGCAAGGAGUCUGGGAGAAGUGGCCGCGCCGGUGGUAUGAACCGUCCGCCCGUAUACCCGACCUACACCCCACCAGUACGACCGGCCGUGACCGAAACAUACGACACUUACGAGGCCGAGAAGAACAAGUCAAAAUUCACCGCGCCGAAGGGCAAGGGUAUGCAGCUGGGUAAGAAGUCUAAAACCACAGAUAUGUUUGAGCGGGUAAAGACAGAGCUCGGACCCGUGGACGAUACGCCCCUGGUACCCGUCGCCACCCCUUCUGCCCCAGAACCGGCUGCCGCUACUCGGGUAUCGUCCUCCUUAGAUCGGGACGCGAUCCACGUGACGCUCAACGAGGCCAUCUCAGCAAAGAUAUCCCGAGACGGCGCGCUCAAUUCGUUUUCUGUCACCGGUGACCUGACACUGCGCGUGUCGGAUCCCUCGCUCACCAGGCUCAAACUGAACCUUAACGCAACCCCAUCGCACGGUGCCCAGUUCAGGACGCACCCUAACGUGGACAGGAACGCGUUCAACAGCUCCAAGGCCAUCCAAAUGGCCAACCUGGCGCGGGGCUUCCCGGCGAACAACGCGGUGGCAGUUCUCAAGUGGAGGGCGGCCCCUAGGACGGACGACACCGGCGCGCUGCCCAUUACGUUUACCGUUUGGGUCAACAGAGGCUCGGAUGGCAAUUGCACGCUGACGGUCGAGUACGAGCUGUCUAGCGGCGACACGCUGAAGGAUGUCAGUGUCGUUGUGCCCUUCACUAGCGCUGAGCCGUCCAUUUCCAGUUUCGAUGCUGUCUACGAGGUAUCGGGCGACAGCCUUGAGUGGAUGAUUGGCACGGUCAGCGAAGAGAACCCCAGCGGGGCGUUUGAGUUUGAGGCGCAGACGAACGACGAGAAUGAGUUCUUCCCGAUGCAAGUGCGCUUCUCCAAGACGUCGCCGUUGGUGGAUGUCGAUGUCGAAUCGGUUGAGCUGAUCGAGAUGAACGAAGAGGUUACAUUCACCAAGGAGAUCAAGUCGGUUGCCGAGUCGUUUGUAAUCGAGUAGAUGGCUUCAGGGACGGUUAGGCAAUCAAUUAUAGGACGACGGUCAUGUUGGGCGCUUGAGCGGAACUGUAUCUUUCGUGCGCGGCGCCUUCAGACGCGGCAGGGAAAAUAGUUGGUUUUAAAGACUUUGUCUCUUACCAUACCUAAGCUGUUCUAACAAGUCAAUUUACCAAUGUUAGACCUUUGCAAGC